UAGAAAAAAAACAAAUUUAAAAUGCUGAUCUCUUCUUCAUGACAGCCCUCUGACGUCACGUUAGAAGAUAGAUAGAGAAGUAAAAUGGCACUUUUCAACAACUCGUUUACGAGGACAUAUAACAGACUAUUCAUAGAAUUAGCUGAUCCUAGAACGAAUGACUGGUUUCUUAUUUCGAGUCCGGUUCCUGGAUUGACAAUUCUCGGCCUCUAUCUGUACUUUUCGCUGAAAUGGGGUCCAAGGUAUAUGGCCGAUAAGAAACCUUUUCAACUUCAGAAGACUUUAGUCGUGUAUAACUUCAUACAAGUUAUUGUCAGCAUUUGGUUAUUCAAUGAGGGCCUUGAAGCAGGAUGGUUAAAAAACUACAGUUGGAAAUGCCAGCCAGUCGAUUUCUCGGAAUCACCAGAAGCUAUGAGAGUCGCCCGUGGCGUCUACAUAUACUUUCUGGCCAAAAUGUCUGAGUUAUUAGACACGGUGUUCUUCGUCAUUAGAAAAAAGGAACGGCAGAUCACGUUUCUACACAUGUAUCAUCAUACAGUGAUGCCGAUGAUAUCAUGGGGCGCGACCAAAUAUUAUCCUGGCGGUCACGGCACCCUUAUCGGAGUGAUCAAUUCCUUUGUGCAUAUAAUAAUGUACUCUUACUAUAUGUUGGCGGCCAUGGGUCCUCGCUUCCAGAAAUAUCUGUUUUGGAAACGUUAUAUCACAACUCUACAAAUGCUCCAAUUCUGCAUAGCAUUUCUCCAUUCGGCGCAACUUUUGUUCUACGACUGCGGUUAUCCUCGUUGGUCCGUCGUCUUCACUCUACCCAACUCCAUUUUCUUCUACUAUCUGUUUUACGACUUCUACUACAACGCCUACGGAAAGCCCGGAGAAAAGAAACCCGAAAAAGAAAAGUUGACCAACGGAACAAUCAUCAAAAACGGUCACGUUAGAAAUGACGUUAAUAAAAUGGCAACGAAAAACGGUAUAAAAAAGGAAUAAAUCUAGUUGUUUUAAUUUAAAAUCUAUUGUAAAUAUAAUAUAUGAAAUUAGUUCAAUAUGGUGGUUUGUUGAUAUCAUCAGAGGGUUUUUAAUAAUGUUACAGAAAUGGUGUAUAUAAAUAUUAGUAUUAAGUUUUAAUUAGCGUCGUUAAAAUUUUAUAAAAUCAAAAUCAUUCCCAUUGAAUAACAUCUCAUUCUAGAGUGUA